CUUCCAUUCGCUCUUUCUCGGGUCACCAAUCAUACGAUGAUAAUGUUCUGAUAAUUUCGUGAUGUUCCGUCCGCUGAUCGUCUGCGGAUCGUGUUGUGCGGUUUAUUGUAUGUGAAGUGUUGAAUAUUUUGCGAUCUCGUAGUCAGCUGACGGUUCGACGCUAAUGACGCAAGAUUACUGAGACAGCUCUCUUCGCAUGCGAGUGUUAGGCACGAAGCGAAAUUCAUUCUAGCACUCGAUAUCGCGAGUGAUCCAACGAUAUAUCGCUCCAGAGUUACUGCUCAUCGCUCCAAAAAUUUACGGAUCGCUUGUCGAUUGCCUCUCAUCGCGACCGAGCUGUUAUCGCAUUACAAGCUGCAAUUGUAAUGCGUUUGAUGGUUAUGGGACUCAACGAACUCGUGUAUUGGUACCAAAAGAAGAUUGGCACAUAUGACAAACAGCAGUGGGAGAGAACCGUGGAGCAACAUAUCCUCGAUGGGCUCACGCAUGUUCCAAUGAGAACGGCGAAACUUAAGACAGAACUCAUUGACGUCGAUCUCGUUCGUGGAUCUUCGUUUCCAAAGGCCAAACCGAAGCAUGGCUUGUCGACGGUAGCUUGCCUGGCCUUUCAACGACUCUUGCUCCUUCCCCUGUACAAAAAGUGGUGGAUUCAACAGACGAGUGAUCGCAUCUUUGUGCUUUUCUUGUUACUUUACAGCUUACAAGUCGUCAACAUCAUCCUCUAUUACGUUAAUGCAAACAGGGAAAAUGAGGUGGAAACCGUAUCCAUGUCAGAAGUACUAGUACCCAUCAUCAUGAUGUUUAUUUUAUGUACCGUUCACUCGCACAUCGUGUCGACGCAUUCAGGUCCCGCUAUGACGUGCAAUCAAUCUAGACAACGAAUGACAAGGCGUUCUCGACACGUCAGAUGCAGAAACGGAAAAUCAAGACCCAGACAGAGUCUACGUGUACACAAGGAUACAAAGUCGCCUCCAGAUAUAGUUUCGGAGAAAGCGAGUACAGGAAGCGAGGAAGUGUUCACCGCGGUGAGAUUUGCUAAGAAGCUAGUGGUGGAGAACUUUUCGACUGUCUCUCAGUCUCAGGAACCUGCAAAUGCUCAAGUAGUAUAUGACAAAGAAUCAAUAAGUACAACUAGGGAGAUACCUGACCCUACCGGUGAAAGGUCGGCUGAUUGCGAGCAGCCAGUGGACGAUAUGCCGGAAGAACAUGCACCGAGUGUACAUCAGGACGACGAUGGCUUCGAAAGCCUAAACGGAAAUGUUUCCAGCGACAACGACAAGGUAGUGGGCCGUGCAUUGGUGCAGAGAAACAGAUCGCGCGAAGAGGUAGAAGUACGGGAAACUAAAGACCGGACAUCGUGGUCGGAAGAUAGCACCAGCCAACAAAUUCCACUUCCAUCGAAGCGCUCAGCACCCGAUCUCUCAAAAAGUGAUGACAAUUUUACGGAUAGCAAAAGCAAUAUUCGCAACAGCGUUAAGGAAAAAGAUGCGCCGUCGAAAAUAUUGGACUCGAGAGAGACACGACGGCAGUGCGAGAGCGAGGAGGAAGGUGAGUGCGAGGAGGCCACCACGCAUCAUCUCACGGAGGCAACGACUUCUGCUACAGAAUGGAUGGGGGUAACGACCAAUAGUGACGACUGCAGUUACAGUUCGGAGCUCGGGGAAUCCGAUUUGCCGAGCGAGACGAAUCUUAAUUACAGGGAAUUCGUAGAGCAUCCUUUCUCCUGGGAAUUCGAGUUGCCACCCUCGAUACUACUCAAUUCUACCUGUACCUCGUCCGACCGUGUUUCAUGUACGAUUUGGACGCGACGUGACAUAAAAAAGGCUGAGUUAUCGGUGCUAGACAUCAGUUCAGCGAUCAUCGCGAGGGUCGAGUCCAUGCCGGAGAGCAUGAAUUAUUUUUACAGUGGUCUGAUACUUAGCAUCGCGCUGUGUCUAAUACCGUCAAUAAGACGACUGAGCGAUCACAUAGGCUCGGAUAGCGUUAGCAACGUGUCUGUUAGCCUACUACCGAGCGACAUGAUUCAAGUGAAUCUGGAAACGUAUACCGAUGUUCUGUGCAGAAUAAUUGGUGUCGCGUUUGGAAAUACUCUCUGGGAACGAACAGUGGUGUUAAUUUCAAUGUUCGAGCGACUGAUGCUGUCGUGUUUCUUAUUCUUCUUACUGGCGGUCGCGGAACGCACGUACAAACAGAGACUCCUAUACGCUAAAUUGUUCUCUCACUUAACGUCAUCGAGACGUGCGAGAAAAUCCGACCUGCCGCACUUUCGACUGAACAAAGUGCGCAAUAUAAAAACGUGGCUGAGCGUCAGAUCCUAUCUGAAGCGAAGAGGCCCGCAACGCUCCGUAGAUGUGAUCGUAUCCGCGGUAUUUAUCGUUACGAUAUUACUGUUAUCAUUCGUUAGUUUGGAACUGAUCAAGGAUCUCGAGAGUCUGCAUUGCCGAUACAACGUUGAGGCACUGUUCUGGAGUUUCUCGCUCGGAAUAUUUAUAUUACGGUUCAUGACACUAGGAACGAAGAUUAACAAGAAAUAUAGAAAUCUCUCGGUCCUAAUAACCGAGCAGAUCAACUUAUACUUACAAAUCGAGCAAAAGCCGCACAAGAAGGAGGAACUUAUGGUCGCGAAUAGCGUAUUGAAAUUGGCCGCUGACUUGAUAAAGGAACUGGAAAGUCCAUUCAAAAUCUCCGGGCUCUCGGCUAACCCGUACCUAUACACCAUCACUAAAGUGGUACUGCUGUCGGCACUCUCAGGAGUACUCUCCGAAAUGCUCGGCUUUAAACUAAAAUUGCAUAAGAUAAAGAUCAAAUAAAUCAAAUACGAGCUACGGUGCGUAUCGAGAGCCGCGCCAAUUUCUUAUCAAUUUCAAGUCGUUUGUUGAGUUCGAUUGAAUUAAUUUUUCUUUCGUGAAAAUUGUCCAGCUAUGUUUGGUAUAUUAGCAAACUAUAAUAAAGUUGAAUGAAGUUUUGGCCAAAGAAAAAUUAGCUUUAAAUUCUUUUCACAGAGAAAUUCCAUAAGAAAAGUGUGCGCGACUUCGAGUUUUCAUUGCGCAACUACCUCGCUUGUGUUGAACGAUUUGUUCUUGAGAUUACACGUUUACAAGAAUAAUGAAUGCAUUUCAUUAAAUUAAUUCGUGCGUAAUUUAUGCAAAUCAGAUCGAGAACAUGGUAGAUUCUCGUAUUUCAACAACGACUGGGCCGACCGAGCGUUUAAUAGCUAUAAUCGUGACUGGCAAGGCAGUAUAUUUAUUGCAUCCCGUCGAAAACAUUGAUUAAUCUGUAACUCUCACUUUCUGAGUUAUCUGAUAUUAUUGCUUUGUCUAUUACAUUACACUAUUACAAGAAUAGCCUAUUCUAAUAUGUAGAAUAUUAAAAAUGAUAGAAAAAUUCUUUCCUCAGUUUGAGGAAAUAUGUAAAGCAUGUAAAGUCUUAAAUAAUGUAUAGUACGUGUGCGUGUACACACGUAUACGUAUAUCGAGAAUUUGUAGCAAUGAUAAGGACUCGACAAAUUACGCAUAAAAUGAACUUCCCUAAAAAAAUUAUAUGUAGUGUGUGUGUGUGUAUAUAUAUAUAAAAGAAUUGUUUCUUAAAAUUUCGGAUUUAAUUAUUUAUCAAUGUCUUAAUGUGCAUUCUCUAGCUGUAACGGCAAAAUUUUAUCAUUGUUGUUGAUGAAGAGCACUCUAUUUUGUAUACUGUCUUGUGCCUAUUUUGUAACAACUCGUCAAUCUAUUCGGGCGAGGACUUGUCCGUAACCCUAACGAUAGCGAUAUUGCGUGCAAUCAUCAUCCUAUUAUAUACAAUACUUUGACUUUAUUUAAAGGGAUAUGCGAUAUUUAAAUCGAUCUGCGAUAUCUUUUCGAGGACAUUUUAGCACACAUCUGACUUACAUGUAUAAUAUUAUAGACUUCAGAAAUGUAUUUGCGAAUAUGUAAAUAUUGUAUGUACUAUGAUCGAAAGAGAGAGAGAGAGAGAGAGAAGGAAAAUAUGUGAAAAAGAUAGUACCUGUACAAUAUACAAUAAGAAUGAAUGUAAAUUAUUUUUCAAAUAUAUCUAAACGUAUCGCAGUAA